CAACUGCUUAGAACCAAGGGGUUUUAACAUAGUUCAGCGCCUGGGGCUUGCCUGAUAGAAUAUCUCAGGGAAAAUUAAUCCCACUGAAAUUCAUCGUUCCUUAGUUACCAGACAACGCUUGAGGAGGGGAUGAAAAAUGGCGACAAAACAACAAAAACGCUAAUAUUAUUCUUGUUGUUCUAAAGUAAAAGACAGACUGAUGUAACAUAUUUUCACGCCGGCCACUCAACACCUAAUGUAAGAUGGAGGAUGAAGAGACAACCUUGACUUUGAUCAGAUACUACUGCUUUGAGAAGCACUUCAAUCAUGCUGUCAACACUGCAGCCGCUGCCAAAAAGAAGUUCAGCCAUGAUCCCAUCUACAGUUUUUUCCAUGCCUAUGGCUGCCUGAUGCAGGAUCAAAUUCGAGAAGCCACGGCAGAGCUGGACACAUUAAGAGACAGCCGAGACGUGUCUCUUUGCACUCUGAUGGCACUUGUUUAUGCCGAGAGGAAAAAGAGCAACCCAGACAGAGAAGUCAUCCAAGAACUUGAUGCUAAGGUCAAAGAGGAUAGGAAAAGUGCAACUCCCAAGGGUCUUUACUAUGCCGGACUGUUCCUGUGGCUGCUAGGGCGAAAUGAUAAAGCGAGAGAGUACACAGAGAGAAUGAUCAAACUAUCCAACGGCUCCAGAGAGGGUACAAUACUGAAGGCCUGGAUAGAUGUGACAUCAGGUAAAGAUGCCUACGCCAGGAAGGCUGGAAAAUACUUUGAUGAAGGACUGAAAGAGAGAACAGAUGUUUUUGCCUUGAUGGGAAAGGCACAAUAUUACGAAUAUCGUCAGAACUACUCUGGAGCUCUGGAGUUAGCUAACCAGGUCGUUGUGAGUUUCCCUGAGUUUUUUCCUGCUCUUACCAAGAAGAUGAAGCUGUUGCUCAGCCUUCAGGACUGGGAGCAGACCAUAGAUGCUGCCCACAGGCUUUUACAGAAGGACAGAAAUAGCAUUGAGGCAAUACGGAUGUUGGCUCUGCAUUCCUUGUGUAGAGAUGGACAUAUUACCGAGUCAGUAAAGCAGCUUUCCAACCUCAUCAGCAGCCUGGACAACACCGAGCCCCACAACCCUGAGCUUUACUACAGAAUGUCUCUGGCUUUCACUCGUGUUUGUGGACGAAAUGAGAAAGUGAUCGAGCAGACGUUCAGGAUGGUGGAACGAGCCUUCACCGUGGCUUCCAAAGACUCAGAUUUUGCCACAGAGUUGGGUUAUCAGAUGGUUCUUCAGGGCAGAAUCAGGGAGGCAAUGAAAUGGUACAAGACUGCAAUGACUCUGGAUGAAACCAGUGUGGCUGCUUUGACAGGCAUUAUUCGUUGCCAGCUCAUAGAAGGACAACUGGAUGAUGCCGAACAGCAGUUGGAAUUUCUUACAGAGAUCCAGCAGUCCAUUGGAAAAUCCGCGGAGCUGUUAUACCUGCGCGCUGUCCUCGCCGUGAAAAGGAACCGGCCACAGGAGGAGAUUACAAACAUCUUGAAUGAUGCCGUGGACACACACUUCUCCACGCUGCAGGGUCUGCCUCUGGGAGUGGAGUACUUUGAGAAGCUUAACCCUGACUUUCUUUUGGACAUCGUCAAAGAAUAUCUUUCACUCUGUCCUGCAAAGCCUCCAGCUCAAGGCCAGGCUCCUCCUCCACAACUCCAGCACUGCGCCUCACUCUUGGACACCGUGGUCAAAGUGGUUCCAGGUCUCCUCCAGGGGGUUUUCCUGCUGGCCAAAGUCAGAUAUCAGUCUGGUGAUGCUGAGGCGGCUCAGAGCAGUUUGAACCACUGUUUGGAACAGUGUCCCUCUCAUGCAGACGCCCACCUACUGAUGGCACAGAUCCAUCUGCUGCAGGGGAACUUCACGCUGUGUUCCCAGUCUCUUGAACUCUGCCUCAGUCAUAAAUUUGAGAUUCAAGAACAUCCUUUGUACCACCUGAUCAAGGCUCAGAGUAAGAAGAAAAUGGGCGAGCUCACAGAGGCUAUUCAGACCCUGCAAAUGGCCAUGAGUCUUCCGGGUGUUCGCAGAGCUGGAUCUUCCUCCAAGUCCAAGACUAAGAAGAUCGAGCUGAGCCCAGCUGACUGUGUCUCUGUCUUCUUGGAGUUAGCUGAAGCUCUGUGGCUCAACGGUGAACAGCACGAAGCAGCAAAGGUGAUGCAGGAUGCCAUCAAUGAGUUCUCCGGCACACCUGAGGAGCUGCGUGUGACUAUUGCUAAUGCAGACCUGGCUCUGCUGCGAGGCGACACCACACUGGCGCUAAGUAUGCUCCGAAACAUCACCCCCGAGCAGCCCUAUUAUAUACAGGCCAAGGAGAAAAUGGCUGACAUAUAUCUGAACCACAGGAAAGAAAAGCGUCUGUAUGCCAGCUGUUACAGAGAAAUGGUGGAGAAGAUGCCCAGUCCUCACACAUACCUCCUGCUCGGUGAUGCCUACAUGAAUAUUCAAGAGCCAGAAAAGGCCAUUGAGGUUUAUGAAUACGCGUUGAAGAAAAACCCCAAAGAUGGAGCUCUAGCUAGCAAGAUUGGAAAGGCCCUGGUCAAGACCCAUAACUACGUCAAGGCAAUAAAUUACUACGAAGCCGCUCUGAGGGCCGAGCAGCAGAACGUCUUACGUUACGACCUGGCUGAGUUACUGAUGAAGAUGAAGCAGUUUGAGCGCUGUGAGAAAGUCCUGCACGACGCCCUCGACCAUGAACCAGUGAAUGAACUGCCAGUGCUCUCAGAUGACUGUCGGUAUCAGGUCCUGUUGGCAAAGGUCAAAAAUAAGGUCGGGAAAAAUGAGGAAGCUUUGCUUUCCCUUCAAAGAGCCCGGGAUGUCCAGGCCAAGGUGCUGAAGCGGGUGCAGUUGGAGCAGCCCGAUGCCAUCCCCAUGCAGAAGCAGCUUGCCGCCGAGAUCUGCGCUGAGAUCGCUAAACACUACACAAGUCAGAGGGGCUAUGAGAGAGCGGUCAAAUUCUACAAAGAGGCUCUUGUGUAUUGUGAGACCGAUCGAAAGGUGAUGAUGGAACUGGCUCGGCUCUACCUCACCCUGGACGAGGUCGAUGCGUGCCAGGAGCAGUGCAGCGUCAUCCUGAAGAACGACCAGUUCAACGAAGACGCAACGCUGAUGAUGGCUGACAUUAUGUUUAGGAAGCAGGACUAUGAACAGGCAGUUUUCCACUUCCAACAACUGCUGGAGCGCAAGCCAGACAACUACCCGACUCUGUCACGUCUUAUUGACCUGUUGAGAAGAGCUGGGAAGCUAGAGGAAAUCCCCAGAUUUUUUGAUAUGGCAGAAAAACAUUCGUCAAGAUCUAAGUUUGAUCCUGGUUACAAUUACUGCAGAGGACUUUAUCUUUGGUACACAGGAGAACCAAACGACGCCCUGCGACACUUUAACAAAGCACGGAAAGACAACGACUGGGGUCAAAAUGCCGUGUAUAACAUGAUUGAAAUCUACCUGAACCCUGACAACGACACGAUGGGUGGAGAAGUGUUUGAGAAUCUGGAUGGAGAAAUUGGAAACUCCACUGAGAAGCAGGAGUCGGAGCAGCUGGCUGUGAGGACUGCGGAGAAACUACUGAAGGAGUUAAAGCCCCAGACGGCAGGCGGACACAUACAGCUCAACAUCCUGCAGAACUACUGCAUUAUGGCAACCAAGCAGAAGGCCCAUAUAGAGAAGGCCCUGGGUGUUUUCACAGAGAUUGCAAACAGUGAGAAAGACCACGUCCCUGCACUGUUGGCCAUGGCGACGGCUUAUAUGAUGCUCAAACAAACGCCGCGGGCCAGGAACCAGCUCAAACGCAUCGCCAAGAUGAACUGGAGCAUCGUCGACGCCGAUGAGUUUGAGAAGAGCUGGCUGCUCUUGGCGGACAUCUACAUCCAUUCAGGGAAGUAUGACAUGGCCGGCGAUCUCUUGAAGAGAUGUCUCAAUCAUAAUAAGUCGUGCUGUAAGGCUUACGAGUAUCUCGGCUACAUCAUGGAAAAAGAACAAGCGUUCCGUGAUGCAGCACUCAACUAUGAACUGGCCUGGAAAUAUGGAAAUCGGACCAACCCGACUAUAGGAUACAAACUGGCUUUUAACUACUUAAAGGCCAAGAGACAUGUUGAUGCCAUAGAUGUGUGUCAUAAGGUUCUGGCUGCUCAUCCGAAUUACCCGAAAAUGAGGAAGGAAAUUCUGGACAAAGCUCGUGCUGCGCUGAGGUCUUAGCGCUGGACUUGUCUCGUGUGUCUUUGUGGGGUUUUUUUCUUUCUUUUUUAUGUGAAUGUGGAGCGGUUUUCUUUAAUAAAACAUAAGGUCAACUUUCAUAGAAUGCACUGCUAUGAUUUGAGUGCAGAGAAUGUGCAGGUAUUUUAGUCAAACUUUUUGGGGGAAACCCUCUUUAAUUCCAUAUUGACCUUUGAAGUGUAUAAAUAGCUGAGUGCUGACAUUCCUGGAGGAAAACCACAGAACCCAGAAAAAUAGAGGAGGGGGUUUCACACACCUGCAGGUGUUCUUCCCUCAGAAAGACUCUAAACUAAAUUAAAAAGGAAACAUUGUUUUUAAAUGGUUUAGUCCAGUGUUUCCAAAAACUUUUUUUUGGGGGGGGGGCACCCAUAUGUUAAAAGUCACAAACCUUUGCGACCCAAAUCAAUAGACAUUAUUCGUACUCCUGGGAAACAUGAUGUGAGAUGAGCCCCCCCAAAAAAAAAUCUGGGGUCGCGACCCAGUCUUCAGUGUUGUUUUUCAAGGGGUGCAGAGAUGGAGCAGGGUCACAUGACUGUAUAUAUUGUACAAAUCUGUGUUGUUUAUAAACUGAGCCUAGUUCCAUUUAUAACCAUACCUUGUUUGGGUUGGGGUUUUUUUUACUAUUUUAAUAAUACACAGAUUCCAGAUACCAUUGUCUGUUUGAAUCUUGUCUGUCAACUUCAUGCUUUAUAAAUGUAUGUGAGCAUUUUAAUUUGUUGCGAAACAAAAACUAAUUAAACACGGGGUUGGAUUGUGCAGAAGGUUCCAGAUUUUCUAAAUAUAUAGUUUCUCUUCUCUGUAAAAUAAAGUUUCAUAAAUAAAGUCUUUGAAUUUC